GCUAAAAGGCAGAACUGGGAUUCGAACCCUCAACCUUUCGAUUAAUAGGGCCUGAAGCUCCUCCCACUGUCCCGCUCUACACUAGAGGUUAAUGAUGCUGAGAGCAGCAGUGAUGAUGCACACAUUGUGACAUCAUCAUGAUGACAUCACCACACUCCAAACCUCUGGUAUAAAUAGCCGCGUUUCGUGUGUUUGUGCUCAUUUGAUCUGAGACGCCGAGACAGUAAGCAGCAUGAACAUGUUCUCCUGUUGGACUUCUCCAUCUGACGAUGACGAGCCGCACAGGCGGGUAAACGAACCGGAGAAGAAGGUAAAGAAGAGAAAAUGGUGGCAGAGACGCCAGAAGGUGGAGAUGCAGGACGUGGAGGGUCAGGAGGGAAGCGGGGUAAAGGGUGAAGAGAUGGGGCAAGGAGUGGAGCAGAAUGUUUUAGAGGACCAGGCAGACCAAAUACCAAAGAUGGAGAAGCAGGUGGUUCUGGGAAAAACCAAACCUGAGAAGAAAGUAAAGAAGAGAAAAUGGUGGCAGAGACGCCAGAAGGUAGAGAUGCAGGACGUGGAGGGUCAGGAGGGAAGCGGGGUAAAGGGUGAAGAGAUGGGGCAAGGAGUGGGGCAGAAUGUUUUAGAGGACCAGGCAGACCAAAUACCAAAGAUGGAGAAGCAGGUAAAGAAGAGAAAAUGGUGGCAGAGACGCCAGAAGGUAGAGAUGCAGGUGGCCUCACAGGACCUGGUGAAAGAACCAGAGCAGGUCGUCCUAAAGGACCAGAGGAGGGAACCAGUAAACAAGGUGGUUCUGGUGUCUGAGAUUGAGAUGAAGAAGUUAGAGCAGGUGGACCCAGUGGAGCAGGUGGACCCAGUGGAAAAAACAGACCAGGUCAAGAAGAAGGCCGAAAGGCAGGUGGACCCAGUGGAAAAACCAGACCAAGUCGUGAAGAAGGCCCAAAGGCAGGUGGACCCAGUGGAAAAACCAGACAAGGUUGUGAAGAAGGUAGAGAGGCAGAUGGCCCCAGAGGAAAAACCAGACCAGGUUGUGAAGAAGGUAGAGAGGCAAAUGGCCCCAGAGGAAAAACCAGACCAGGUUGUGAAGAAGGUAGAGAGACAGGUGGACCCAGAGGAAAAACCAGACCAGGUUGUGAAGAAGGUAGAGAGGCAGAUGGCCCCGCUGAACCUGGUUGAAGAACCAGAGCAGGUCAUCCUAAUAAACCAGUGGAAGGACCAUGUAAAAAAUAGGGUUCGUUUCAUUGAGAAUGAGAUAAAGAAGGCCGAGAGGCAGGUGGACCCAGUGGAAAAACCAGACCAGGUCGUGAAGAAGGCCGAGAGGCAGGUGGACCCAGAGGAAAAACCAGACCAGGUUGUGAAGAACGUAGAGAGGCAGAUGGCCCCGCUGAACCUGGUGGAAGAACCAGAGCAGGUCAUCCUAAUAAACCAGUGGAAGGAACAUGUAAAAAAUAGGGUUCGUUUCAUUGAGAAUGAGAUCAAAAAGGCAGAGAGGCAGGUGGACCAAGAGGAAAAACCAGACCAGGUCGUGAAGAAGGCCGAGAGGCAGGUGGACCCAGAGGAAAAACCAGACCAGGUCGUGAAGAAGGCCGAGAGGCAGGUGGACCCAGAGGAAAAACCAGACCAGGUUGUGAAGAAGGUAGAGAGGCAGAUGGCCCCGCUGAACCUGGUGGAAGAACCAGAGCAGGUCAUCCUAAUAAACCAGUGGAAGGAACAUGUAAAAAAUAGGGUUCGUUUCAUUGAGAAUGAGAUAAAGAAGGCCGAGAGGCAGAUGGACCGAGUGGAAAAACCAGACCAGGUUGUGAAGAAGGUAGAGAGGCAGGUGGACCCAGUGGACACAGUGUUAAAACCAAAGCAGGUAGGAAAGAACCAGAUUGAAAUAAAGAAGCCAAAUUUAGAGGAGAAAAUGGUCCUCAAAAACCUGGAGAGGAUGGAGAACAAAAGGCUGGAGAAGCAGGUGCUUCAGAUGGACCAGAUGACAAAGGUAGAAGAACGAGUGGAUCAGGUAGGUUUGAAGACUAAGGUUAAUAAACCUGAGAAGCAGGUGUGUCUACAGGACAGGCAGGUGGUUCUAGUGAACCGGGUGAAGGAACCAGACAGGGAUGAAGCACCUGAGCACCAGUGGACAGAACUGGAGGAGCCAGCAGCUUUGGAGCACCAAACAUGGAAACUGAAGGAGCAGAACCUGGAUAGAGGAUGCACUGAAGAUCCACUGAAGAACAUCUCCGAGGCGUCUUCAAACCUACCGGACCACGAGCAGCUGCAGGACGACGUUCUUGUUCCCCCCAUCGUCGAAGCCCAACCUGGAGAGUCCGGGGCUCUGAUGGAGACCGCGCGUGAAGAUGAAGGUGUCCCGAUGCCGAAGUCGAGGAGAGCCAGCCUGAGAACCAAACGGUUCCAGUUCUUCAACGCCUGAAGCUGAGGUGGUGACGAUCCGGAGAUCAUCCAAUCACACGCCGACUUUUCCAACAUCAAAAUAACAAUAAAGUGCCUUCAUGAA